AUGGAAACAGAAAAUAAGAACAUCACCAUUGAAGCAGCUCUAAGUGUUGAACCAGGUCCAGUGAAGGAUGGUCAAGUUCAGGAAUAUACUCUUGCUUCUGCCCAUACCAUUGACCAUGAUUCAUGGAGGCAAGUUGGGUUGAUGCUGGUAACAAGCUUCAACUGUGGAUACAUACUGAGCUUUUCAAACCUUAUGUUGGUGCCUUUGGGUUGGACAUGGGGUAUCAUUAGCUUGGUGGUUGUGGGUCUCUACACUGCCUAUGCUAACUGGCUCUUGGCUGGAUUUCACUUCAUCAAUGGUCAAAGGUUCAUCAGAUACAGAGAUCUUAUGGGCUUUCUUUUUGGAAGAAAAUUGUUCUAUAUCACUUGGGUUUUCCAAUUUUUGACCCUCCUUCUUGGGAACAUGGGGUUCAUACUUCUUGGAGGAAGGGCACUGAAGGAAAUCAAUUCUCAGUUCAGUAAUUCUCCAUUGAGGCUCCAAUAUUUCAUCGUCAUCACUGGAGCAACCUACUUCAUAUUCGCAUUUUUGGUCCCAACAAUGUCUGCAAUGACAAAAUGGUUGGGAGCCUCUACCAUCCUUACCUUUGCCUAUGUUGCUAUCCUUCUUGUGUUACUAGUGAGAGAUGGGAAAUCUAACAAAAACAGAGACUAUGAGAUCAGUGGGAGUAAAGUGGGGAAGGUAUUCAAUGCCUUUGGGGCAAUAUCAGUCAUAAUUGUCUGUAACACCUCCGGCUUGCUGCUGGAGAUACAGUCAACCCUGCGCAGGCCUGCAGUAGAAAACAUGAGGAAAGCAUUGUAUAUGCAAUACAGUGGGGGGCUUGCAGUUUACUAUGGUGUGAGCAUAGUAGGAUACUGGGCAUAUGGUUCAACAGUAUCUGAGUACCUCCCGCAAGAGCUGAGUGGACCCAGAUGGGUAAAGGUUCUGAUUAACUCAGGUGUCUUUGUCCAAUCCAUCAUCUCCCAGCAUAUGUUCAUCGCACCAAUUCAUGAAGCCCUUGAUACGAAGUUCCUAAAACUUGAUAAGAGCAUGCAUUCAAGGGAAAACAUCAAACGCCUAUGUUGUCUACGAGCUCUCGUCUUCUCAGGAAAUACACUGGUCACUGCAGCUUUCCCUUUCAUGGGGGACUUUUUGAACUUGCUCGGAUCAUUUGCGCUCGUUCCUCUAACGUUUGUAUUCCCCAGCAUGAUCUUCAUAAAGGUUAAGGGAAAGUCAGCAAAGAUGGGUAAGAAGGUGUGGCACUGGACAAACAUUAUCCUGUUCUCUCUCCUUGCAGUAGCAACUACGAUUUCUGCUGUCCGGAUUAUCGUCGAAAAUGUCAGGAAAUACCAUUUCUUUGCAGAUACAUGA